CCGCACCACUCACCUUGCUCAAGUGAUCUCCAGGCCUGCAGCCUUGACCUGUGUCUUGACCUGUGUCUUGACAUGGCGGGAAUAAGCUGUGCCUUUCUCCUGGUGCUAGCAGGUCUGCCUGUCUCAGAAGCCAAUGACCUAAUUGAUAAAGACAAUCCCUUCUAUUAUGACUGGGAGAGCCUGCAACUGGGUGGAAUGAUCUUUGGAGGGCUCCUGUGCAUCGCUGGAAUUGCCCUAGCACUAAGUGGCAAGUGCAAAUGUAGGCGCAGGCAUAAGCCCAGUUCCUUACCUGGGAAAGCCACUCCACUCAUCACUCCAGCCUCUGCCAGUACCUGCUGAACUGAACACAGGACCAAGUUGGAGGCAGCUCUUGCCA